ACCCUGUAAACUCUUGAGGAUGAAGAACAACUUUUUGUAGUUCGAAGUUUUGAUUAAUAAACUGUGCAGUGAGGCUCAACAUGGACAUGGGACAUACACUCGCACUCCAAAGGUCACUCGUGAAACUAAUUGAUGUUAUGUUGUCCUUCAUAAGGCUGUCGACAUAUGUAAACACUGUUUGGUGUAACUGAGGCAGGCACACAUCAGUGAAAUAUUUACGCCCUGGUAUAGUGUAACGUGAAUCCAAGUAGGACAUGAGUCGCCGGAACCCUUCGUCUUCCACAUUAGACAGCGGCUGAUCGGCCACUCUGGAUCGGCUUUUACAGAGACCGCCGAUCAAACUUCCCAAAGCGAUUAUCGGCCGAUUAUGACCGGCAACCGAUCAAUCGGAGCACCCUUAAUCUUGGGUACACAUUUUGUAUUUAUUACAUCUUCAUAUGUUAUUUCAGUAAAGCAUUGUAGUCUGUUAAAUACAGUGUGAGCACUUGUGACAGCUUGCCCCGUGAGCGGGUAAGUUGUCACAUUGGAUUUUCAACAAGUAAAAACACAGCUACUUAACUGUGAAUAUCAAUUUUUUUUAAAUUUCAAAUUCAAAACCAAAUUCAACAUCAUUAAAGAACUCAAAUCAACAGUCAUCUGUAAAAUAACAAAAAACAACAUCCUUAUCUGACUAAUCAUACUUGUCUUUGGAGUUACAGUUCAGGCACACAUAGAUUGCCUGGCCUGAGGUGCAAGCAUCAUAGGCCCAUUUGUUGCACCUCACACCCAAAGUCUCCUUUGGGUGGCAGAUGAGGCAGAAGCACUCCUUCAUCUGAUGAUGACUCGUCUUGGAUUUUUCUGUUUUUAACUGCCUUGUUUUUUGGCAUAUCCAGAUUUUGACUUUCUCCUUUGCUUCCCUGCUUCUGAAACGUUUGCUGAAUUUUGCCUUAUUCUUUUCGAUUUCUAGUGCCUGCUUUAUAGGUGUGUCAGUUAGAAUUGCUGUUUUGUGCUGUUUUCUUCCUUUGCAAGUUUUUUUUUUUUUUUUCUUUUUUCAGGGACCAGCUGUUGGAUGGGACAGAUGUCCUCUGGAGAAUUGUCAGCACUGACAUUGCUGGAAAAGGUUGAGCUGAUGCUAGCAGGAAUUGAGCAGGAGCAUCAUCUGCAGCGGGCGAUCUCAGCACAACAGGUAUACGGGGAGAAGAGGGACAACAUGGUGAUUCCUGUGCCUGAGGCUGAGAGCAAUAUCACAUACUAUGAGAGCCUCUAUCCAGGUGACUUUAAGAUGCCCAAGCAGCUCAUCCACAUACAGCCCUUUAGCUUGGACACAGAGCAACCGGAUUAUGACCUGGACUCAGAUGAUGAUGUGUUCGUUACCAAGCUAAGGAAGAAAAUGGAGGUGGGGGCUCUGCAGUUUGAGGAGAUGAUCGACCGGCUGGAGAAAGGCAGUGGGCAGCAGUUGGUGACUUUGCAGGAGGCAAAACUCCUUCUCAAGGAGGAUGAUGAGUUAAUCAGGGAGGUGUUUGAGUAUUGGACCAUGAAGAGAAAAUCAUGUAAAAGUGGCUCUCUCAUCCCGGCCGUAAAACAGGAGAAGCGAGAUGGUUCGAGCACCAGUGACCCCUAUGUUGCCUUCAGGCGCAGAACAGAAAAAAUGCAGACCAGGAAGAAUCGUAAGAAUGAUGAGGUUUCCUAUGAGAAAAUGUUAAAGUUGAGAAGAGAUCUAAGCAGGGCUGUUACCAUACUGGAAAUGAUAAAGAGACGUGAGAAGAGCAAGAGAGAAUUGCUGCACCUCACGCUGGAGAUAGUGGAGAAGAGAAAUGGCAUGGCUGAUUUUGGGGGUGAGGUAAUGGCAGAGGUUCUGGCUCAGAGGGCACUAGAGAAGCCGGUUAUUCCCCUGAUCCCCAUCACCACCAGCAGCCAGUACAGACAUACAGAAAAUGACCGCGACUACAAGAACAAGCUGGACAAGCCAGAAGUGGUACGUCAGAAGAGGAAGUAUGAGAAGAAACCGAAGCCCUUGCUGCUAUCUGGUCAGUCUACCCCUGCAGCAGUCAACAGUAAAGCCCUUAACCAGUAUGAUUUCCCCAGCUCAGAUGAAGAGCCCUACUCACAGCUAUUUUCUGGCUCCUCGGAGGCAGAAGAGGAGAAUGAUCCUGAUGGUGUGUUUGCGUUUAGACGCAGGUCUGGCUGCCACUAUCAAUCUGUGUGUGGAGGGCAGGGUUUAUGGCCAUGGUCAGAUUCUGCUGAGGGUGGUUUGGGAGAUGCUCGUUACCGUUACUCUGUCACCACACUCACCAUACCUCACCGAUGUGUGGGAUUAGCACGACGAAGGGUUGGAAGAGGGGGCAGGGUUCUGUUGGAUCGGGCCUACUCUGACUGGAAUGCUGUGUAUCAUGGGUUGGGCUUAGGUUCUCCCGCCCCCUCAUUUACCCACCAGCCUGCUAGUAUGGAUACCUCACAUACCAUUGUCCAGACCUCUGCCUCGGGUCCUUCCUCCUGCUCCUCUACAUACUCAUCAGACCUCUCGCAGAUCCUCCAUAAUAUUAAGAGCUGUCGCUGGAGGCACUUCAGACCUUGGACGGCUCUGUCCCAUGACUCCAAUAUCUUCCAGCCCUGCUCAGCACAGAAGCUGAGCUCUGGCCUCUUCAGUCCAGAUAAAAAUCGUGCCGACAGCAGAGCAGCUGCCGCCCCACCCAUAACUGUGUUUACGGCUGAGCAGUACCAUCACCAUCAGGAGCAGCUAGCCUUGAUGAAGAAAGACCAGCUGGAGCAGGCACAGCAGCAGCACCGAGUCAAUGCCAAGACACAAACUUUUUCAUCCAUGAUCUUAGACUCUGCGAGUGCACAGUUUGCUGCCUCUGCACUGGUGACUUCGGAACAGCUGAUGGCACUGAAGAGUAAAGAGGAAGGAAUUCUGGGAGUUGGAGUCAAUGGAGUUAUAUCAGCCUCAGGAGUCUAUAAGGGCUUGCACUACACAAGAACAUCCUCCACCAGCCCUAUACCCACCUCUAACCAUCAUCAGUGCAACACCCCUACCUCCAACCCCAACAAUGGAACUUCCUCAGCUAAUCACCAUGUUGGCUCAGACAGCCCUGCCCCUACACAGGUGCUAUUAGCCGGGGCAAUGAGAGUGGGUGUGCCAUCAUCAGGUGCAGCAUUAAGUGUGCGGCAUCUGCAGCGUCAGCUCACGGUUCCAACUUCUGCCCUAAAACUUGCAGCCAAUGUCAACAGGCAGCUCCCUAAAGUCACAACCAGCUCAUCCACCCUUGACAUGGGCACCAGGGAAAAUCAUGAUCAAGAGAAGCCAACAUUGAACAGUAUAACAGAAAACACUGUAGCAAUGGAGGUUACGUAGCCCUGCCCCUCUUCCUUCAUCACCCCAAGAUUUGGGGCAUCUAAUCUAGGUGCUGUGCAUCAGUGACAUUGUGUGUCAGCGGCAGCUGUUGGGACUAGACUGCAGUGCUUGCCGUUUUUGUUUCGUUAAUGUCAUCUGUAAAUUAUGAAAUAAGCAUUUAUUCUAUGUACAGUGAUGCAUAUUUGUUAUAUGGCCCUUUGUACAUAACAUUUACUUGAAUACAGAAAUUGUUCAGUUAUGUUUUGCACUUAAGGAGGGGGGGUUCAAAAAACUAACUGCGACUUUGUUGGAGUGAAUGGUGGUGUGUAUGUUUGUAUGGUGAUGUGAGAUCACAUGCAUGGUGUAAACCUGCUGUUUUAUCUAUUUAUUGUGAGGUGUUUACAGGAAUUUUUAGUUAGUAUUUUUUUAUACUGUGUAACCUGUUGCGGUCCUGUGUGGGUGUCUGUGUGUUUAACCAUAUUAUGUGUCAGUUUUCUUGUGAAAAGAUGCAGGUUUUUCCCCUUGUUCUGUUCCCUUGUAUUACAGUCAGCUCCCCUCAUGGUCA